AUGAACACACCGAUGGCACCACUGAAAGACCCCGUAAGAGGAAGAGGUGCCGAAGCUGUGGACAACAAUGUGGUGAUGGAUGUACACAACGCAGAUGUAGUUGCGGACAGUAGUUGUAAUAUUCUAAUUCCGGACGAUACCGAAGCUAAAAACUAUGCCGUGGACUCACAUGUAAUGUCUUUGGAUAAGCAAAGUGUUGAUGAGUUGUAUAAAUCACUGUUUAGAGUGAAACGACAGGACACCACACCUACACCUGAACCUGAAACUGAAGGAACGGAAUCCACGGAACCCUCGGGAGCCACGGAACGGAACACCACUCCCAGAACCACCCGAACCAAGAAAAACAAUAAUAGUAACGGUAAUAAAGGCGGACACACUAACAAUAUUGCCUUCAAUGUUAAGGUGGAAAACCAUUAAUUCAAUGUUUGAAUGCAAAUUAAAACUUUGUCCAUUGUUUUGCAAAUGACUUAUUAAAUACAUGUUUAAUUAUGUUCUAUUAUGUUAUAAGAUCUUGUUAAAUAAGGACAAUAAUAAAAUUUCAAUUAAUUGUAAAA